UAUGUUUAACAGUCGAACCCCGUUAGACUCUGACGUCAAUGAAUCUUGAAGCUUACGCUGUGCGCGCUCCCGCGAAGUGCUUGCUCUUCUCGGCGGGCGCGCGCCGGGCUACGAGCUACAAGGCUAACGCCACGUGACAUUCCCGCCGGGUCAUGUGAUCGAACUAUGUCCUCCUAGCUGCAGUCAACUUUCCCCGAGCAGCAAAAUCCCAAACAAGCGAACAUGGCGGACUACGAGGAGCGGCAGAGCCUGUUGGGAGACGGGGACGAGGGCUCGUCCACCGGCAGGCACGCAGCUGGAGGAGCCGGCAGACCGAUGCUGGCCAUCUGCGACCCCAGCCACAUACUGCACCGAGUGCUUGUCCUGAUAUUCAUGUGCUUCUUGGGAUUCGGAAGCUACUUCUGUUAUGACAACCCGGCUGCACUUCAAACUCAAGUCAUCCAGGAUCUGAGCCUGAACACCAAAGAGUUCAUGCAGCUGUAUGCCUGGUACUCCUGGCCCAAUGUGGUUCUCUGCUUCUUUGGGGGAUUCCUGCUUGACAGGGUUUUUGGCAUCAGGCUGGGAACCAUCAUCUUUUCCCUCUUCGUCUGUGUUGGUCAGGUAAUAUUUGCUACUGGAGCUUUGGUAAAUCAGUUCUGGCUGAUGGAAGUUGGACGUUUCGUAUUUGGUAUUGGAGGAGAGUCUUUGGCCGUGGCUCAGAACACCUAUGCAGUCAACUGGUUUAAAGGAAAGGAGCUUAAUCUGGUGUUUGGCCUUCAGCUGAGCAUGGCUCGCCUGGGCAGCACAGUGAACAUGAACAUCAUGGGCUGGGUGUACAGCAAAGUCUCAGACCUCGCUGGCUCUCCUGGACACACCGCACUGGGCGCAUCACUCAUGAUAGCUGCUGUAACCUGCCUGUUCUCACUUCUCUGUGCCUUGGUGUUGGGAUACCUUGACAGAAGAGCAGAGAAGAUCCUCCACAAGGAACAAGGCAAAACAGGUGAGGUGAUCAAGUUGACCGAUGUGAAAGACUUCCCCUUCCCCCUGUGGCUCAUCUUCAUCAUUUGCGUGGCCUACUAUGUCGCAGUUUUCCCCUUUAUUGGACUGGGACAGGUGUUCUUCAUUGAAAAAUUCAACUUCUCCCCGGCUGAAGCCAGAGCUGUCAACAGUAUUGUGUACAUCAUCUCAGCCCCUGCAUCCCCACUUCUGGGCUUCAUGGUCGAUAGGACGGGGAGAAAUGUGGUUUGGGUGAUGAUUGCCGUGGUCGCCACGCUCGCCGCUCACAUGAUGCUGGCCUUCACCUUCUGGAACCCAUGGAUCGCCAUGUCCCUGCUGGGUGUCUCCUACUCCUUACUGGCCUGUGCACUGUGGCCCAUGGUGGCCUUUGUGGUACCGGAGCAUCAGCUGGGGACGGCUUACGGCUUCAUGCAGUCCAUCCAGAACCUGGGACUCGCUCUCGUUGCCAUGGCAGCAGGAGCCAUCCUCGACACCAGAGGAUACCUGUUUUUGGAAAUGUUUUUCUGCAUCUGCCUCUGCCUUGCGCUGAUGGCAGUGGUGAUGCUGUACUUUGUGAAUUAUCUCCGAGGAGGAGAAUUGAACCUGUCAGCCACAGCAAGAGCCAAACUCCAGAAAGAAGCCACUUCAGACGCAGAGAAUAAAAGGCGACCCAGUAAGGUGAUAGGGGGUGAGCUUGCUAGACUAGCACCCAUGUCUGCUUUUGGAUUACGUAACCGGUACCUCUCAAGGCUGGGCACACAGGUACAGACACACACACACACACACACACACACACACACACACACACAAAUUUAUUCAUCCUCUAAUCUAAAGUUUUUUUUUUAAUUCUAUGAGGGUUGGUUUUACGAUUACACUUUAUAAUUAAACACCAUUUCCAUUUCCACUGUGCUCUUUUUUUUCUUUUCUUUUUUUUCUCCCUUCAUAUAAUCGUUGUCCUCUCAGCUCCCAGACCACUACUCUACUCAUCUGUCAUCACUUGCCCACAGGAGUGUUCUGAAAUGAUGCCCUUCAUUCAGCUGGCUGCUCCUCCAACGCUGUAGCUCUGUGGCUCCAGACAAGUAUGCACUAAAGAAAGGAUGCUUACAAAAGUGUCCCCGUUUGGACAAGAUAUUGAUGCAAUUUUUUUUCUUUUUUUUUUUUUUACCUUUUUAAGGUAUUGUUAACCUUUACAUGACUGACUGUUGUUCUGGGUAUUCAGACGGGUUAUCAGGGUUUGUUUUUUUCUAUUAGUAUCAACAUAGAUUAUUUUUGGACCUAUCUUCAGUUUUUUUCUAUUUGCUUUAUACUUGAGGUGUUGUUCCUUUUUGUUUUUUUUUUUCUUUCCAGGAGAUUGUGUCCUAUAAAAUUGGACUGAUGCUUUAUGGUGCCUUGAUGCUGUUUUAGAGACUCAGCCCUCUGGAAACAACAGAGGGCACUAAUUCCCUCAAAUGUUUAAUGUCACCUCUGGCCACAGUAUCAUUGCUU